GGGGGGCCGGCGGGUGAGCGGGUCGCGGCGUCGGGCCAGCAUGGCGGAGGCCUCCGACAAGCUGUAUCGAGCGGAGUACGCCAAGAGCGGGCGCGCGUCUUGCAAGAAAUGCAGCGAGAGCAUCCCCAAGGACUCGCUCCGGAUGGCCAUCAUGGUGCAGUCGCCCAUGUUCGAUGGAAAAGUCCCACACUGGUACCACUUCUCCUGCUUCUGGAAGGUGGGCCACUCCAUCCGGCACCCUGAUGUCGAGGUGGACGGUUUCUCUGAGCUUCGAUGGGACGACCAGCAGAAAGUGAAAAAGACUGCAGAGGCUGGAGGAGUGACUGGCAAAGGCCAGGAUGGAGUUGGCAGCAAGACUGAAAAGACUCUGGGUGACUUUGCGGCAGAGUACGCCAAGUCCAACAGAAGCACGUGCAAGGGGUGUAUGGAGAAGAUAGAAAAGGGCCAGAUGCGCCUGUCCAAGAAGAUGCUGGACCCAGAGAAGCCACAGUUGGGCAUGAUCGACCGCUGGUACCAUCCGAGCUGCUUUGUCAAGAAUAGGGCGGAGCUGGGUUUCCGGCCUGAGUAUAGCGCAAGCCAGCUCAAGGGCUUCAGCCUCCUCACUGCAGAGGACAAAGAGACCUUGAAGAAGCAGCUCCCAGGGGUCAAGAACGAAGGAAAAAGAAAAGGCGAUGAGGUGGAUGGGGUGGAUAAAGUGGCCGAGAAGAAAUCUAAAAAAGAAAAAGACAAGGAGAGUAAGCUUGAAAAGGCUCUCAAGGCCCAGAAUGACCUGAUCUGGAACAUCAAGGAUGAGCUAAAGAAAGUGUGUUCAACAAAUGACCUGAAAGAGCUGCUCAUCUUCAACAAGCAGCAAGUGCCUUCCGGGGAGUCGGCGAUCUUGGACCGAGUAGCCGACGGCAUGGUGUUCGGUGCCCUCCUUCCCUGCGAGGAGUGCUCAGGCCAGCUGGUCUUCAAGAGCGAUGCUUAUUACUGCACUGGGGAUGUCACCGCCUGGACCAAGUGCAUGGUCAAGACACAGACACCUAACCGGAAGGAAUGGGUGACCCCAAAGGAAUUCCGAGAAAUCUCUUACCUCAAGAAAUUGAAGGUCAAGAAGCAGGAGCGUAUAUUCCCCCCAGAAUCCAGCGCCCCAGUGGCAGCAGCACCCCCGUCCUCCACAGCCUCAGCACCUGCUGCAGUCAACUCCUCUGCUCCAGCAGAUAAGCCAUUAUCCAACAUGAAGAUCCUGACCCUUGGGAAACUGUCUCGGAACAAGGAUGAAGUGAAGGCCCUGGUUGAGAAACUUGGGGGAAAGUUGACGGGGACGGCCAACAAGGCCUCCCUGUGUAUCAGCACCAAAAAGGAGGUGGAGAAGAUGAAUAAGAAGAUGGAGGAAGUUAAAGAAGCCAACAUUCGAGUUGUAUCUGAGGAUUUCCUCCAGGACAUCUCUGCCUCGACCAAGAGCCUUCAGGAGUUAUUCUCGGUGCACAUCCUGUCCCCCUGGGGUGCAGAGGUGAAGGCGGAGCCUGUUGAAGCAGUCGCCCCCAGAGGAAAGUCAGGGGCUGCACUGUCCAAGAAGAGCAAGGGCCCCAUCAAGGAGGAAGGUAUCAACAAAUCUGAAAAGAGAAUGAAAUUAACUCUUAAAGGAGGAGCUGCUGUGGAUCCUGAUUCUGGUCUGGAACACUCUGCACAUGUCCUGGAGAAAGGAGGAAAGGUCUUCAGCGCCACCCUUGGCCUAGUGGACAUCGUUAAAGGAACCAACUCAUACUACAAGCUGCAGCUUCUGGAGGACGACAAGGAAAGCAGGUACUGGAUAUUCAGGUCCUGGGGCCGUGUGGGCACAGUGAUCGGCAGUAACAAACUGGAGCAGAUGCCGUCCAAGGAGGAUGCCAUCGAGCACUUCAUGAAAUUAUAUGAAGAGAAGACUGGGAAUGCCUGGCAUUCCAAAAACUUCACAAAAUAUCCCAAGAAGUUCUAUCCUCUGGAGAUCGACUAUGGCCAGGAUGAAGAGGCGGUCAAGAAGCUUACAGUAAACCCUGGCACCAAGUCCAAGCUCCCCAAGCCAGUUCAGGACCUCAUUAAGAUGAUCUUUGAUGUGGAAAGUAUGAAGAAAGCCAUGGUGGAGUAUGAGAUUGACCUUCAGAAGAUGCCCUUGGGGAAGCUGAGCAAAAGGCAGAUCCAGGCUGCGUACUCCAUCCUCAGCGAGGUCCAGCAGGCGGUGUCCCAGGGCAGCAGUGACUCUCAGAUCCUGGAUCUCUCAAACCGUUUCUACACCCUGAUCCCCCAUGACUUUGGGAUGAAGAAGCCUCCACUGCUGAACAACGCGGACAGCGUGCAGGCCAAGGUAGAGAUGCUGGACAAUCUACUGGACAUUGAGGUGGCCUACAGUCUGCUCAGGGGUGGUUCUGAUGACAGCAACAAGGACCCCAUCGAUGUCAACUAUGAAAAGCUUAAAACUGACAUUAAGGUGGUUGACAAAGAUUCUGAAGAAGCCGAGAUCAUCAGGAAGUAUGUUAAAAACACACACGCGACCACACACAAUGCGUAUGACUUGGAGGUCGUCGAUAUCUUUAAGAUAGAGCGCGAAGGAGAGAGCCAGCGCUACAAGCCGUUCAGGCAGCUGCACAACCGGAGGCUGCUGUGGCACGGGUCCAGGACCACCAACUUCGCUGGGAUCCUAUCCCAGGGUCUGCGGAUAGCACCCCCUGAAGCGCCUGUGACAGGCUACAUGUUUGGCAAAGGGAUCUACUUCGCCGACAUGGUCUCCAAGAGUGCCAACUACUGCCACACGUCCCAGGGAGACCCGAUAGGAUUAAUCCUGUUGGGAGAGGUUGCCCUUGGAAAUAUGUAUGAACUGAAGCACGCCUCGCAUAUCAGCAAGUUACCUAAGGGCAAGCACAGUGUCAAAGGUUUGGGCAAAACUACCCCUGACCCUUCAGCUAGUAUUACUCUGGAUGGUGUAGAGGUUCCUCUCGGGACGGGGAUUUCAUCUGGUGUUAAUGACACCUGUCUACUGUAUAAUGAGUACAUUGUCUACGAUAUCGCUCAGGUAAAUCUCAAGUAUCUACUGAAACUGAAAUUCAACUUUAAGACCCCCCUGUGGUGAACUAUGAGAUGUGGCUGGGUCGCCCCCCUCCCCGGUGACUCUGGUGUGAAUUCACUGACACGCGUGUGCGCCGGCUACCAGGCAGACACCUCGGCCAAGUCUUCCAUGAGUAUUAGCUGUCCUCAACCUCCGUAGGAAGGAUUUUAUAUGAAUACGUUAAAAGGUCACAUCAAAAUGGUUUUCCCAUCUUUUCUCGUCUCCUGUUCCAUAUUUUGUGUUGGGGGGAGGGGUUGUUUUGCGUUUUGUUUUGUUCGUUUUUUUUUUCCCCUCUCUGCCAGGCACAGCCCUGGUAGAUACAACUGACGAUAGAGAGUAAGUCCAAGAGAGGUUUCAUCCGUUUUAUUUAGUUUGCAUAGACCAGUCCUAUGGUAAAAACGAAGUCAUAUUUGAACAUCUGUGUUACUGGUUUAUCCAGGGAAGGAAAAGCAGGCUUCUACCUAAGUGUUCAUCUUUAGUUUUGAUUUUGGAAAAAUGUUCAGCAUUUAUUUUGAGGUAAAAUAAAAACUAAUUUCAUACUA